GGUUGGAUUUUGGAGUUCUGUUGCCUAAUGGCUUAUUCUCAUGGCACUUCUCAUAGGCUUCCUCCAGCCUUUGGGUCUCCGGGUCCCUUAGAAAAAAACAGGGAGGAUGCUGUUGCCAUAUCUAAAAGGGCCAGUACAGCCUGCUGGCUACCCAGAAAGUCCUGUGGGUGAUCAGCGACACUUGCUAGCAGUAAGAACUGGCAUUUGAUGAACAAAAAGGCCAUCUCCUGUCCUAUCAGCGCAUGAUACUAAACCACAGCAAGCAUUUUUUUUUAAUGUUUAUUUAUCCUUGAGAGACAGAGAGAGACAAAGCGCGAGCAGGGGAGGGGCAGAGAGAGAGGGAAACACAGAAUCCAAAGCAGGCUCCAGGCUUCGAGCUGUCAGCACAGAGCCCGACGUGGGGUCCAAACCCACAAACUGCGAGAUCACAACCCCAGCUGAAGCCGGACGCCCAACCGACCGAGCCACCCAGGUGCCCCUAAACCACAAUACUGCUGUCCGCACCCUGCAGGGUUUGAGGAGUGUGUAAGGGGUGCCAGAGAACAGGAAGGUUCCGAGGCUUCAUCCUGCUACUCACCUUCUUCAUUUAUACCUGUUAUCACAUGUCCAGGAAGCCCAUCAGUGUUGUCAAGAGCCGUCUGCACCAGAACUGCUCGGAGCUGAUCAAGCCCAUUAAUGACAGCCACAGUCUCAACGACACUACGUGGUGCGACUGGGCUCCCUUUGACAAGAACAACUACAAGGAGUUACUGGGGGCCGUGGACAAUGCCUUCCUUGUGGCCUAUGCCAUCGGCAUGUUUAUCAGCGGGAUUUUUGGGGAGCGGCUCCCCCUCCGUUAUUACCUUUCAGCUGGAAUGCUGCUCAGUGGCCUCUUCACCUCGCUCUUUGGCCUAGGAUAUUUCUGGAACAUCCACAUGCUCUGGUACUUUGUGCUCAUCCAGAUCUGUAAUGGGCUUGUCCAGACCACAGGCUGGCCCUCUGUGGUGACCUGCGUUGGCAACUGGUUCGGGAAGGGGAAGCGGGGGCUUAUCAUGGGCAUCUGGAACUCACACACGUCUGUGGGCAACAUCCUGGGCUCCCUGAUCGCUGGCAUCUGGGUGAAUGAGCAGUGGGGCCUGUCGUUUGUGGUGCCUGGCAUCAUCACCGCUGCUAUGGGUGUCAUCACCUUCCUCUUCCUCAUCGAAUACCCCGAAGAUGUGGACUGCACGCCUCCUCAGCACCACACGAGUGAUGGGUUGGAAGAGAACCAGCACAACCCUGAGGACCUUGGGAGUGGUCCCCACACUAACAAGGAGAGCAGCCUGGAGACCCCCGCCAGAUGCUCCAAGGAGCCAAGCGCUCAGCCUGCCGCCAUCAGCUUCCUCGGGGCGCUCCGGAUCCCGGGUGUGGUCGAGUUCUCUUUGUGUCUGCUCUUUGCCAAGCUGGUCAGUUACACCUUCCUCUACUGGCUGCCCCUCUACAUCUUCAAUGUGGCUCAUUUCAAUGCCAAACAGGCUGGGGACCUGUCUACCCUCUUCGAUGUUGGUGGCAUCAUGGGCGGCAUCAUGGCGGGGCUCAUCUCUGACUACACCAAUGGCAGGGCCACCACCUGCUGCAUCAUGCUGAUCUUGGCUGCCCCCAUGAUGUUCCUGUAUAACUUCAUUGGUCAGAGUGGGAUUAUCAACUCCAUAGUGAUGCUGAUCAUCUGUGGGGCCUUGGUCAACGGCCCUUACGCGCUCAUCACCACUGCAGUCUCUGCUGACCUGGGAACUCACCAGAGCCUGAAAGGCAACGCAAAGGCACUCUCCACCGUCACGGCCAUCAUCGACGGCACUGGGUCCAUAGGUGCGGCUCUGGGGCCCCUCCUGGCUGGCCUUAUUUCACCCACAGGCUGGAAUAAUGUCUUCUACAUGCUCAUCUCUGCCGACAUCCUGGCCUGCUUGCUCCUCUGCCGGUUGGUGUACAAAGAGAUCCUAGCCUGGAAGUCAUCCCUGGGCAGAGACAGAGGCUCUAGUCUGGCCCUAACCCACCCGCGAUAGUAUUUUCCUCAAGUCCCAUGACUUUUGUAUAAAGAAAUAUGAGGCCUUGAUUGGAAGAGAGGCACGGAGGGCCCCAGCUGAUUCCCAAAGAGCUCUCCCCCUCCCGCCACCGGGGGCAAGACUAUGGAAACUGCCAGCGAUGGCUGAUGGACGCCUCUUGACCUAACACCAGCCAGCCCACAGGGCUGCUAAGGGGCUAGGCGAUUCUCCAUGGGAAGGGACCGCCAACAUGGGGAAUGGAAGACUCAAGGGCCUGCGCUCUGGAAGCCGCAAGCAGAAAGGAUGGGGAUCAGAGCUGAGCGGUGUCUCCAGCUUGCUAAGGGGAGGAUAUGCUCAGACUCUAGCUUGUUCAGAUUCCAAGACCGAAGGCAGAGGGUUGACAUGGACCAAGGCUUGGCAAAGGUGUGUUCGUUCUCCUUCCCAUGUUCAGUUUGAACCUCUGUGACCAGCCUGUACCUGUCGGUGGAUUUCUGACCCUGUUUCGGAGCUGCCCAGCCUCACUUGCCUUCUUCAUCCACCAGCCGGUUUUCUCGUGUAUUCCCCCACGUUGGAACCUCUUCUCCCUUGCAUUUGAUUCUGUCUCUAACUCCUGACCUGAGUCGAUUAAAGUGUUACUGCUAUA